GUGUUCUCGCGAGACAACGUGUUUUGCAUCUAGAGCUGCUGGUAGGGAAAGGGAUCCUGAAUUUAUUUCAGCCAAAGCUAUUUUUAGCUAGUUAGAGUUCAAUGUACACUACUUCAUAACACAAGUAUCGUUCACAGGAAAAACAUGUCAGAAACCGAUCCAAAGUCAGUUCAGGACCUUACUAAUGUGGUCCAGACGCUGCUGCAACAAAUGCAGGACAAGUUCCAGACCAUGUCUGACCAGAUCAUCGGGAGAAUCGAUGAGAUGAGCACCCGCAUUGAUGACCUGGAGAAGAACAUUGCCGACCUCAUGACCCAGGCGGGCGUGGAGGAGAUAGAAGGGGUCAAAGAACCACAGAUGAAAGAAGGGCAAGGGUCAUGAAGACAGGUGUGAUCUGCUAUCUGUGAGCAUCCAGGUGUGUAGUGAUAUGGACCCCUGCCAGAAGUCUUGACAGAGGCGAUGGCUGGAGGUGAGACGGUAUCAGACCACAUCCAUCUGGCCUUCACUGAUACCAUGGCUCUGGACUGCAGAGAUACCUCAGCCUAGCCUUGUGGUCAGCUACUGUCUGGUUGUGUUAUGUUCUCCCUGAACCUGCUCUGACUGCCAGAGAUAAAGGGUCAAGAAUGCCGUGGAGAAGGUAUGGACAGCAGGACAGGUACAUCACAAGGGUUUGAGAAGCUGCUGAUGGUGGGAUGCUAACAUAUAAACUCCAUAUUACACACUCCUAGUGCUCAGCCUGAAUAGAUUGACGUUUUAGUCAUUUAACAGACACUCUUAUCCAGAGUGACUUGCAGUAGUGAGCAAAACAUUUGUGUUAAUUUUCCCCAUAGUUUUUCAAUACCGGUCCCCCGUAGGAAUUGAUCCCACAACCGUGGCAGGGCAAGUGACAUGCUCUACCAACUCAGCCACGCGGGAGGUAGAAGUUUGAACCGACCACUCACUCCGGUAGCAGCAUUGAGUCAGACAUGUACUGUACUACCCACUGCGGUUCCUUUAUAUAGGCUACUGUACAUGCACACUGACAGUCACACAAACUCAGACCUUUUUACUGUCUGUAGCAGGUGGAUAAACAGGUCUCAAGCCUGGCCCAGCUAAACGUGGUGGAAGGAAGGCAGUUAUUAGAGCCUGUACCAAUUUCUUCCGUGGCUGGUGCUUACAUCAUCUCCCACCCGCUCACCUGGCCUUUUAAAAAGUGUCAAUCAGCUCGGCUCAGAGCAGCGAUUAACAUUUCACCCUCCAACAUGCCCCUCCAUUUCCUGAUGCCAUAGGUCACAAAGGAGGCCCCCCGCCCGCCUCUCAGGAGCAAAUCACAACCAUGUCAUUUCACACCAAUCAUAGCAAUAACCUUGGCCACCGGGCAAGACCUGCUCCACUGCCUGGCGACGAUGCCUUCCUUCUGCCGAAAGGAGAGGUGAAAGGACAGAGGAUUUAUAUAUAAUCCACCCACCCAAUAUUGGCCUCUUUGCCUUCCUGCUCUCCCUUUAAGGCACCGGAGAGGCUGGGAGUAGACAGAGGCUACAGGCAAACACACAGCGAGAUGGAGAGGGUUCUCUGAGGCUAAAUUCACACUUGCGGCUGUUAUGGUCACUCACUGGGCUUCAUCAUAUCGUCAGGCUACAGCUGUCCACAGCAACAUGCUGUGAGGGAUGUUUUCUUUUUUACAUGUUGAGAUAAACAAGCCAGACUGGUUCUGUGCGACUCACGUUGAGGCGAUCAAACAGGUCGUCUCCAGGCUCCUUGUUCUUCAUGAAGAGUGUGAGGUUCUUGAACACCUGGAUAAACAAAACAAGGACAAGACAAAGAGACUGGUUUUACAUCCCACCCUGUAAACAAAACAAGGACAAGACAAAGAGACUGGUUUUACAUCCCACCCUGUCGGUCCUAGACCUCCAGACCAGAAACCGCUGCUCACAGCUAGUCUACACACUGAUCAUGAUAGGAGAGCCCAGGGCUGUCUACCCCAUUCUUCCAGCUCACAGGGGAGAGAGGAAAAAUGAUCCACUCAAUUAUAUUUGACAUUUCCAAGAAGUCCUGUUUUCCUCCUGCUCUAAAUAAACCAGCUAAAAUAUGCAAGGAACUAAUUAAUGGUAGCAGAUGUGUUGCUUUUCAAAACAGACUGAUUUGAAUGACAAUUUAUUCUUGUGCCAGAACUAAAUUAAUAGGGAAAUAAGAGCCUGUGAUGAACGGAUGGACGCGUGAGGAUUUCGAAAGAUUUAUUCCAGACUCAGUGUCUGGAGUGGAGCAACAGAGACAACGGCUGAUUGAUCAACCAAUGUGUCGGUGUCAUCAGGAUGGACCUGAAAACAUGGCAACAAUCUGCACUCAUCACAGGCUGUUUAUGUAUGAACAGAUGUCUACGACACAGCUAUGUUUGAUAGGAGAAUGCAGCAGUAUGGUGGUUCAACAUUCUAAAUUCUGUUGAGAUGAUAAGCAAAGUGACCGGACACAGAAUGCAGAUGCUGGCAAGUGAAGCUUGGUAAACAGAUAAUGAAUGAUUGUGAUGAUCUGGCUAUCCAACACUUUGCAUUGCAAUUCAUCAUCCUCUCCCAUGGAGCUGGAAUGAGAAUUCCUUCCAUCUAAUCUGAAAUUAACCAGCUAUCUAUCCCCUUCCCUCGGAAUAAACAUGCUAAAAUAUUCAGAACACUCAUUAACUUUACCUGAUGUGUUGCUUUUAAAUAUACUCUCAUUUGAAUAAUUACACGUUCUGCCAAAAAAAAUAACUGUCUGUCAGGUGCAACAUUUCCUAUUCGAUCUUGGAGAUAGCAUGGUGGAAUCAUGGCUGAAUCAUACUGGAGC